CACCGCCCAUGGGUGGGGACCCGAGUCACCCAGGGCUCAGCACUGGCGAAAUCGCCUCCCUUGCUCACUUCCCGGGCUGGGCGGUCUAGAUCCCGUAGACUUCAGACGCGAUCCAUGGCCUGCGGGGCGACAGAGCGGGGCCCUGAGCCCCCGGCCUUCCAGCGCCAUCCAGAAGCCAGCGCACCGCGCCUGGCCCACGGCUACGGGUUGCGCAGCAUGAGCGAGCUGCGGGACCAGGAGUUUGGCCGCCUAGCAGGAACUGUCUAUCUUGACCAUGCAGGAGCCACCUUGUUCCCCCAGAGCCAGCUCACAAACUUCACUAAGGAUCUCAUGGAAAAUGUCUAUGGUAAUCCUCACAGCCAGAACAUCACCAGCAAACUCACCCAUGACACGGUGGAGCAGGUCCGAUACAGGGUCCUGACUCACUUUCACACCACCCCAGAGGACUACAGCGUGAUCUUCACAGCCGGGAGCACGGCUGCUCUCAGGCUGGUGGCAGAGACCUUUCCGUGGGUGUCCCGGUCCCCAGAGAACAGUGGGAGUCACUUCUGUUACCUCACUGACAACCACACCUCUGUGGUGGGAAUGAGGACGGUGGCUGCCACCAUGAAUGUCACAUCUACCCCAGUCAAGCCCGAGGACAUGUGGUCGGCCGAGGGGAAGGGUGCUGGAGCCUGUGACCCCGACUGUCAGCUUCCACACCUCUUCUGUUACCCAGCUCAGAGUAACUUUUCAGGCACCAGAUACCCACUGUCAUGGAUAGAUGAGGUCAAGUCUGGGCAGAGGAGUCCUGUGAGAGCGCCUGGGAAGUGGUUUGUGCUGCUUGAUGCGGCCUCCUAUGUCAGCACUUCCCCCUUGGAUCUGUCAGCUCACCAGGCUGACUUCAUCCCCAUCUCCUUCUAUAAGAUCUUUGGGCUUCCCACAGGCCUGGGUGCUCUGCUAGUCAAUAAGCGCGUGGCUCCUCUGCUGAGGAAAGGCUACUUCGGAGGAGGGACUGCAGCCGUCUACCUUGCCGGGGAAGACUUUUACAUCCCAAGGUCAUCGGUGGCAGAAAGGUUCGAAGACGGCACCAUCUCAUUCCUUGAUGUAAUAGCGUUGAAGCAUGGAUUUGAUGUGCUGGAGCGCCUCACAGGUGGCAUGGUGAACAUACAACAGCACACCUUUGCUCUGCUGCACUUUACCCACUCUGCCCUGUCCUCCCUCCGCUAUCCCAACGGGGCCCCAGUGGUGCGCAUUUACGGUGACUCUGGGUUCAGCAGCCCUGACGUCCAGGGUCCAAUCAUCAAUUUUAAUGUACUGGAUGAUGCUGGGAAGAUCAUCGGCUACUCCCAGGUGGACAAAAUGGCAAGCCUGUACAACAUCCACCUGAGGACUGGCUGCUUCUGUAACUUGGGGGCCUGCCAGAGGCACCUGGGGCUAAGUGAAGAGAUGGUUAAGAAACAUUUUCAGGCUGGUCAUGUCUGUGGAGAUGAUGUUGACAUUAUAGACGGACGACCCACCGGCUCUGUGAGGAUUUCCUUUGGAUACAUGUCCACACUAGAAGAUGCCCAGGCCUUUCUCAGGUUUAUCAGCACUAUCUACCUUCGCUCACCCGGUGGCCAGCCUGUUCCUCAAGCCAGCACCAGUGACACUGGAGUCUUAUCCUCAAAGAGUGACUGUCAGUCACCUCAGGAAGGUCCCUGCGCAGACCCUGCAGUUUCCAGUGGCUCCUAUCCUGACAUCAAUACCGUGGACUUGGACCUGUCUCAGAGCAAAGCCAGUAGCAUCCAGCCGAUCCCUCAAGAGAAAGUUGCAGGUAUCCUGAAUGGGGACCUUGGGUCCCACAUUGUCACCAACAUUUACCUCUACCCCAUCAAAUCCUGUGCUGCGUUUGAGGUGACUAAGUGGCCCGUGGGGAGCCAAGGGCUGCUGUAUGACCGGAGCUGGAUGGUUGUGAAUCACAACGGCGUUUGCCUGAGUCAGAAGCAGGAGCCACGGCUCUGCCUGAUCCAGCCCUGCAUCGACCUGCAGCAGAAGGUCAUGGUCAUCAAAGCAGAAGGGAUGGAGCCGAUACAGGUGCCUCUUGAGGAAGACGGUGAACGGACCCAGAUUUGCCAAAGCAGAGUGUGUGCAGACAGGGUAAAUACUUACGAUUGUGGAGAAAAUGUUUCAAGAUGGCUGUCCAAGUUUUGUGGCCGUCCAUGCCAUUUAAUCAAGCAAAGUCCACACUUCCAGCGAAAUGCAAAGAAGACGCCUAAACAAGGUCAUCCUCCCGGCACUGCUGUUGCCCUGUCCCUGGUGAAUGAGGCUCAGUAUCUGUUGGUGAACACAUCAAGUGUUCUGGAGCUUCAGCAGCAGCUAAACGCCAGUGACGAACGUGGAAAGGAGGAAUCAUUCUCUGUGAAAGAUCUCAUCUCCCGCUUCCGUGCCAAUAUUAUUACCAAGGGAGCCAGGGCUUUUGAAGAAGAGCAGUGGGAUGAGAUUUCGAUUGGCUCCUUGCAUUUCCAGGGACAAGCCAGUCUCCUGCCUCAGGCCUUUGCCCUGCUGUCCCUGCUACUUACCACGCUGCUACUGGACCUUGACUCAGAGGUCGCCUUCUUAGAAGCUGCCCAACAGUACAAUUCUACUUGGCACACUGCCUGCAUUAGCCGCGCAGACCACACAGGGUGUAGACCGUGUCUCCUUUUUCCUAGCAUGCCUCAGAGACCUAGAGCAUCCUGGCUGAGCCAGUUCCCAGUAAGUGAUUGUUGGAGGAGGUGGACAGGAAAGAUAAGGACGAGCUGGGGGCUGUAUGGACGGCUCACUGCUGGACAAUGUUCUAUACUAGACAUGAACUGAUCCUGGUAAUUGUAGGGGUGGGGGUAACCUUGCAGAGGUGUGACCUGCCUGUCUUGUGACCUUGUGCCCAGGUUCUGUGCUUAAAUGGAACACCAGUCUAUCAUCCCCGAGAGCAGUAACAGUUAUCUAAAUUGCUAUCAGUGGGUCUCGGAUCUGGGGUGGGGGUACCACAAAGGGCCUGAUGAUCUUUCUUAUUCUUGAACUCUGUGAGAUCUUAUCUGGGCAGCUAUCAUUUUGAAAACCACUUUCUUUUCUCUCCUGUAAGCCUGGUUCUGGCAGCAACUCUCCUGUUGUUUUCCUGUAAGCUGACCUCCUCGUCUGUUCUUACUCUGUCACUGAAUCUCUGCUGUUUUAAAAGCAUCUGUUCUAAUGCAACCUGCUGGGCGCCAAGGUAGGCUCUAAAUCUACCUUGUGAGAUAUUUGGAGAGAUAGAGGGAGGGCCUGAGGGAGGAAGGAAGAAAGAGGGAGGGAAAACUAAACUAUGCCAGGAACACUGUCAGAAACCCAUCUGACAACAGCGGCAAAGAACCUUUCCGUGAGACAUCUUAGAAUGCUUUGUUUUCUUUAGGCAACAUUCCUAGUGUGUGGAAAAAAAUUAAAGUCAGGCUAUUAGUGCUCUUUGGACCCCUAACAGUCCAUCAUGGCACCGAAGACUGGACAGAAGGAGUGAGGCAACUAAUCACACUGAGUCCACAGUCAGGAAGUGGGGAGCGGUGGAUGUUGGCCCUCAGCUGCCAUUUUCCUUUUUAUCAGUCUGCAACCCCAGCCCAUGGAAUGGCAGUGACCGCAUUUAGGGUGGGUCAUCCCACACCAACUAGCUAAUCUAGAAACUCCCUCAUAGAUGGGUUCAGAGGUGAGUCUCCUAGGUGAGCCUGGAUCCUGUCAAGUUGAUCUACCGCAGGAGAGACCAUGACUGCUGAGUUUUCCCUUUUAAUUCUUCCUAUGUCUGCAUGACUCAUUUUCAACAAGAAUUUAUGACAGUAAAUAAUUUUUUUAAAGAUAUGAAAAAAGGCUUAAUGCUGGGUUUGGUGGCACUUACCUUUUAAUCCCAACUCUCGGGAGGCAGAGGCUGUGAGUUCAAGGCCAGCCUGGUCUACUUAUUGAGUUUCAGGGCUACAUAGAGAAAGCCUGUUGUUUACCUCUCCCCCUGCAAAAGAAAGAAGGAGAGAAAGAUAGAUUUUUGGAUCAUGCCUUUAAUCCCAGUACUCAGGAGGCAAGGACAGGAAGAUCUCUGAGUUCAAGGACAACCUGGUCUACAGAGUGAGUUCCAGGACAGCCAGAACUGCACAGAGAAACCCUGUUUCAGAAAAAAAGUGGGGGGGGAGGGGGAGGGAGGGAAGGAGGGAAGGAGAGAGAGCGAGCUUAAAAAGAAGCUAUGUAGGGGUUGGGGAUUUAGCUCAGUGGUAGAGCGCUUGCCUAGGAAGUGCAAGGCCCUGGGUUCGGUCCCCAGCUCCGAAAAAAAAAAGAACAAAAAAAAAAAAAAAAGAAAAGAAAAAAAAAGAA